AUGGCUACGCCUCGUCACCGCGCCCGUACGACUGUUCCUCCGUCGCCGCAUGCCGGGAAUCGAGAUGUGGGACGUUUAGUCUCGGGACAUAGGCCGCCAGUGUUCGCUGGAGAGGAGGAUCCCGUGAUACUCGAGGAGUGGAUCCGAUCCCUCGAUAAGAUCUUCGCCAUUGUAGGUUGCCCUGAGGAUCGCCAAGUGGAGCUGGCUUCUUUCUACUUCAAUCAUGAGGCUGAUCUCUGGUGGGUACACGAGGAUCCCGCGUGUCAAGAAGAGCCUGAUUUCGACUGGUCAGCCUUGAAGGACAAGAUAAGGGAGAGGUUUUAUCCAUCGCACGUCCGAGCCGCCAUGUACGAGGAGUUUUUGCGCCUUCAACAGGGGUCGUCAUGUGUGGUGGAGUACCACAAGCACUUCUUGGAGCUCGCGCAUUUUGCAAAGAUGCUGGUCCCCACCGAGCUAGCAAAGAUGGAGAAAUUCGUGGCAAGGCUCAACUAUGAAGCCCGGGAGGCAUUAAGUGUGAGCAAGCCUAGAACUCUGAAGGAGGCUUAUCUGAGCGCGACGGAUCUGUAUCGAGUGCAACAGCUGCAGCGAGGGUCGUUUUAG